UCUGGUCAGGUAGUCAGUCUCUAGCGCUGUGCUGUGCCAGUGUCAAGAGUCCAAGGACGGUUGCAGCAAACCGCAAGCUGCAUGAUCAGGCUUCAAUGUCAUGGAAAAAAACAUGCCCUGGACUUUUCCAUUUCCUGCAACUCUCCGGCAGACGGCGAGCCCUGCGCAAACGACACUUGUCUCAGAAUUGAACCAGGCUAGCCUCGCCUUGCAGUGCGCUACACAGCAUGCCUAGGUACUUAGAUGGCACGCUGCCAAGCUGGACAAGUGGAAGCUACCUAGGUAGACAAGCUGCGACCGUUGAGACUUUCCCAGGAACCAAAUCGCGCCCGGUCCUUGCAUUCUUAGGUUUGUCUCGAGUGUUUGAACGAUGGAACAAGACAUACAUAGGCGAUAUGGAGUCCUCGGAGAAUCCUGUUGACCAAUGGCAGCCCGGCAUCUACACCAAGCUGUGAUUUCAUCUUGUCACCACUUCCAGGCUGUGGGCUGGUGAUCGGUAGGUACCGGCCCCCAUAUGGACAUCGUUUGUCGGAGACAUGUCGUUGCCGUUUCCCGGAGAGCGAUCCCGGUCCGGCCGUUCGACAUUCCCACCUAUGUGCUGUCUUUUGUGCGCCAGUUCUAAUGCAUAAAACCGUCGAGCCGCUGUCUCGCCGUUCGGAAAGACGCCGUCCAUCAGACGACGGCUUCCUAUCGUCCCUCGUGUCCAUGACGAGCCUCACCAGUAUAUGGCCUUGGUUCCUCAUCUCCGUUCCCUUACCGCCAGCCGUCUCCCGUCCGAAGAAUUCGAGAACGAUCACGGUUCAUCCUAGCUCCCUUGAUCCUUACUGUCGCCAACGCAAUCCCGCCUCGUCACCCGCUCAAAGAGGAAGAGUCCGGCUUCAUGCUACAUCAGCCAGGAAUGCAUAUAUAGACCUGCCCUCUGCUUGCUCUUGUCCUCCUCCCCAGCACCAUCACCAUCAUCAUCAUCAUCAACAACAACAACAACAACAACAACAACAACAACAACAACAACAACAACAACAACAACAACAACAACAACAACAACAACGAACAACGACAGCAACAACAGACAUUGAUCACUCGGACAAUCUACAAGCACACUUGAACCCAUACGCUUCCACGACCUUGAACACCUCGACACUUCCUCACUCCACUUCCUACAACCCCAUAAUCUUACUUCGAACCUGGAAACACGACAAACAUGUGCCACACAAUCCCCGCCCACGCUUGCCACUACAACAUGAACAAGCCCGAGCAGCAGGAACUGGUCAACCGGCAGGGACAGGGAGCCUUGGUUGACUUUGCCAAUCUUCCCGGUGUUCGUUGCCCAGAAUGUCUCAAGAAGGGCACUGAAACAUGGGUAAUCCGAGGCCGUGCCUGCCCCGUCUGCAGGCAUGAGUGCCUCUAAGCCAAAUGCCGAAAUCCAUCAUUUGAACAGAACUACUGCGGAGGACUUAAUACUGGGCUUUUCUUUCCCUCACGCCAUGGUUUUCGGAAUGGACAAAAAAAGGACGACAACGGGUCGGAGUUGGGAAGCAUGCUAGAUUUUGGGGAGGCCUUUUGAUACCCUUGCCUUUUCGGAUUGCUUGAUUUUCGUUUUCCAUCCUUGGGGUCACGGUGUUACGGGCAUGGCUUAAAGGGGGGCCGAUCAGGUGGAAAUCCGGCACAGGAUGAUGAACAUCAAGGGAAGGAGGGAACCAUACAAAAAAAAGGGCGAUGGAAUAUCCGAGACGAUAGGUUGGGAAUUAGAUUGGGAUAGGAGAUAAUAAAAAAGUACUUGUGGCUCACGCGCACACGAAAGAUGUUGCACC